AUGUCCAUUUCUGGGACUUUGAGCAACUACUACGUGGACUCCAUUAUAAGUCACGAUAGCGACGAACUCUCAGGCGCGGCGCGUUUCUCCAGCGUCCAGUAUCCCGGUUCCACCUCCGCUGCGGCCGAUGGAGCCGCGCACCCCGAACUCGCUCAUGCCGAGUCAUACCCAUCCUGCAGCUUCCAGCCCAAACCUCCCGUUUUCUCCUCACCCUGGGGCCCGUUCAGCCCGCACCACGGAGCCGGUGGCCUCCCGGCUGUCUACCAUCCCUACAUACCGGGUCAGCAUGUGCCCACCGCAGAAUCACGGUACAUCCGCUCAUGGCUGGACUGCACUCCGCGGAACCCGGAGUCUUUCCCGGGUCAGAGCCAAACUGGGCAGGUCAAACUGGAGCCCCAGGUUGGCCAUCAAGGCGGGGAGCUUCCCAUCAAAAUCAGCGGACAACACGAGACCACCACGUACAUCCUGGAGUCACUUUCCACGCCGGGGCGCGAGCUGAACCACCAUGCCACCUCCAUCCAGGGAGCAGGAUUUGAAGAAAGCAAGGAUGUUUGCGAAGGGAGUAAGGACAAGGACAGCGCGGAUCAAA